AUGACACCUCUCCACGGCAUGGCGCUGUUCCUGCUGAGCAGCGCGUACCUGUUACGCGCCGACACCUCCACCGCGAGGGCCACCGGACACGGCCUCGUCACCGAGGCGAAUCUCUCGAGGAGCUUCCUCGUUAGGGACGGGAAACGCAGGGCCGAGGGGACGUACUUUGAGAACAAUACCCCACGCAAUGUCACCGCCGUCGUGGGACAGUCCGCCGUGCUCUUGUGCAGUGUCAAGAACUUGGGGAAUCAUACCGUAUCCUGGAUACGGGGCCGGGAUCUGCACGUGCUGACGUCGAUGACUUCGACUUACACGAGCGACGCCAGAUUUCGCGUGAUCGGCCGACCGGAAGUGACGGGCCAGUGGAACCUCCGGAUAGAUUACGUGCAGCCGAGGGACGCGGGGAUUUACGAGUGUCAAGUCAACAGCGAGCCUAAGAUACACAUGGCCGUGCACCUUAAGGUCCUGGUCGUCCAGGCUAGGAUCUGGGGAGCCGAGGACGUCUACGUCAAGCGGGGAAGCACCAUCAGCCUGACCUGCACCGUCGACGCCCAGGAUGUGCCCCCCAGUAAUGUCACCUGGUACCAUAAUGGAGCCAUCAUCGACUUCGACGGACCUAGGGGUGGCGUGUCCCUGGAGACGGAGAAGACGAAGAACUGCACGACGAGCAAGCUCUUGAUAACGCGGGCCCUUCCGAGCGACAGCGGCAAUUACACUUGCGAGUCGAGCAAAGCGACACCGACGAGUGUCACGGUGCACGUCUUAAACGGGGAGCAUCCUGCGGCCAUGCAACGUGGAGGUGCCGGGAAGCCCACCGGGAGGAUAACUUUGUUCGUCUUGGUGGUCCUGAUGGAAAAGCUGUUACGGCGGACGAUCAUUGGGUCCCCUUAA